AUGCCUGCGGCUGGCGAAGCCGAUGCUAUGGUAGAGGCAGACGACGAGUGUGUGCCGGUCAACUUGAGCACUCUGGCCAACCUUUGGGAAGAUGAUAAAAGGGUAAGGCGGCACGCCACGAGAUCAAAGAGCUUGCUCACAUGGAUCGCACCCAACAAAGUAGGUGUCGUUACAAUGAGGACCCUGAAGUUGAACCUCGAUGUCAUAUGGCCCUUAGUGCAGCUUUAUGUUCCCAAUGCCCGUGUGAACAAGACCUCGCCGCUCGAUCCGAUCAAGAAUGAGGACACCAGGCUUCGGGAGUUGUUCGACUUUGUGGUCCAGUAUUGGCCUCCAAAGCCCCGCAAGAAAUCAGUUGCAGCCGAGGAGGUCGAAGAGGAAGGGGAGGAUGUAGGAGCAAUCGGGGAUGAAGGAGAAGGCGAGGAUACAGGAGCAGCCGAAGAUGAUGAAGUCGAUGAGCAUACGCAGGAAGCACUAGUCCCUGAUGAUGAUGACGAUGCUAAUGCUGAAACGGUGCGAGAUGAUGCACUGGAUUCCGUGCUGGAGCAAGGACUUGUGAGAAGCCUAGGGAUUCGUUGUGGAAGCCCACCACCUCCUUCAGCCUACUGUCCAGCCACAGCCGUUCAGCCGCUGCCGCCGCCGACGGCAUCUUCUUCCAUCCUGGCUGGACUUUCCGAUGACCCGCAGGAAAGGCUUGCUCAGGUAGAGCCGCCAGGCAGAUAUUGA